AUGCGUCCUUUGAACAUUGUAAAUGACGAUGGGCUCACGCGGUUGCUUCGUUUCAUGGAGCCCAGAUUCAACGUCCCGAGUCGAACUCAUAUUGCCUCCGUCGUCAAGCGCAAACACUCCGAUGGCAAGGAGGAAGUGAAGGCCAGGAUGAAGUCUGCUCGUCGUGUGGCAGUGACGACCGAUGGCUGGACAUCAAAAGCAGUCCGGUCGUACUCGACGUUCACCGCCCAUUUCCUCGACGACAACUGGGACUUACAGAGUGUUGUGUUAGGGACGCGGCCUUUGGACGACAGGCACACAGCAGUAAACAUCGCUGCACAGUUGAAAGAAAUUGUUGAGGAGUUCGGCAUAAGUGAGAGGGUAGUGGCCAUUGUGCACGACGAGGCUCGGAACAUGGUUGCUGCCAGCACACUGCUUCAAGCUGAUAGUGAUAGUGAUGUCCAGGGUGUUGUGUGUGCUGCACACAUGCUGCAGACGUGCUUGCGCCAUGCGCUGGACAGCAGCAAGCCAGUGCAGAAGCUUCUAGCUGAGGGUCGACGUCUUGUGGGGCAUUUCCACCACAGCUCCCACGCAACUGCUCAGCUAAACGCCCAGCAAGUGAGCCAUGCUAAGGAGAACAAGCUCACCCUCCAGCAGCCACUCCGUCUGAUGCAGGACGUCACAACCAGGUGGAACAGCAUGUAUUAUAUGUUGCGACGCUUGCUGGAGCUAAGGCCUCACGUGAACUCUGUUCUGGUGGACACUGCCAAGACGCCCAAGGCUGACCAUAGGGCAUUGCUCUUGAAAGAGAAGCGUUGGGCUACUGCUGAGCAGCUCAUGGAGGUCUUAGCUCCUUCGGAAAAAGCGACGCGCCUUCUGAGUGGUCAGAAAUAUCUGACUAUCUCAUGUGUGAUGCCAGUCGUCAUGUCUCUGCACACCAUGGCGCUAGCAGAUGCGGGCAAGGCGGCAGCCAAUGUAAAGCUGGAGCUGCUGCAACGCUGCAUAGCUGACGGCCAGGAGGCAACAACAGCAGCCGAACCAGCACCAAAGCGUACUCCUCAGGAUUUGGAUUUGUUCUUCGGAGCUGCCACAGUGGAGGAGGUAUCAUACAGUGCUGCAGUCGAGAGGGAGCUGGAGGUGUAUUUCAGCGAAACAACCGCACCUCCAGCUACUAAUCCACUGAAGUGGUGGUGCAUCAAUGAGGACCGGCUGCCACACCUUGCGAAGGUCGCCAAGGCUAUUUUGUGUGUGCCGGCAACUUCCGUUCCUUCCGAGAGAGUGUUCUCGGCUGCCGGCCACAUCGUCAGCAAGCGUCGUGCUGGUCUCUCAGAAGAGAGCGUAGACGCCCUGAUCUUCCUCCAGCAGAACAAGUCGCUGAAGGUGCACACCAGCCAUGUUGUCCCGCCUGAGUUCCGUGCGCCCGUGACCGAGGAAGCUCCUGUUGCUCUGGAUGUUGUGCUGGACGAUGAGCUCCCUCUGCAGCUGCCGUCUCUGUAA